CUUCAGACCCUUAUUCUUCUUCUUCUUCUCACAUCUGGCUCCUCUCCACAACCCACCAUGGCCGAGCCCACAAAGCACAGCCACCCCAUCAACGGCGGAACAUUACUCUCAGACAUGAAGAGCCUCUUCUCUAUUAUCAAAACCAGACGAACUAUCGCCUUCGCUUAUGGCUUCAUGUUCGCCUUUGUUGCCUUCACUGUUUUCUUGGCCUUCAAUCCAAACCCUAACUCCGGUGCCCCUUGGUUCACUAACAUCUUCAGCACCUCCUCCACUACUUCUGGUGGUGGAUCUCAGUUCUCUUCCUUCUUCUCUUCUUUCUUCUACCCCAAUGCUUCUUCUUCUUCUUCUUCUUACCAACAGUUUCAGAGCCCUGCAUCCCCUCCACAAACACAGCCCUCUAGAUCUAAUGAAACCAGUGUGAAUAUACAACCGCCGAGCCAAUCUCAGCCUAUUGUGAAUUCCGACACGCCGCAAGUUUUGAGCCAAAACCAGACAACCUUAGCGCCCAAGGAGAGUUCAAGUUUGCCUGAACAAACCCUUGUGAAAAACCAAACUCAAAGCACUCCGAAUUCUGAUGAUCAGUCCACAGUUUUAAAGGCGAAUCAGACCACAGUUGCCGCCACAGUAACUCCGGUGGCGGUGCCGGCUGUUAACUCCACGAGCUCAUCUCCGGAAUCGGGUGCCAAUGGGAAGAACGAGACUAAGAGUGUUGCUGGGACAUCGAAUAGUACGGCGGUGUUGAAGAAACAGGGGAAUGAAACAGAGUCUAGUGUGUCGGUGAAGCAGGACAAGGAGGAGGAUUUGAUCAGGUCUUUGUUGAGUUGUGAUUUGUUUCAUGGGGAAUGGGUUGAGGAUGAUUCGUACCCUCUUUACGAACCUGGGUCUUGUCCCUUGAUUGAUGAGCAGUUCAAUUGUAUUCGUAACGGUAGACCGGAUAAGAAUUAUCAGAAAUUUAAAUGGCAGCCUAAGGAUUGUACUCUCCCAAGGUUGGAUGCAAAUCAUAUGAUAGAGUUAUUAAGAGGAAAGCGUUUGGUCUUUGUUGGUGAUUCUCUGAAUAGGAAUAUGUGGGAAUCUCUGGUUUGCAUUUUAAGAAACUCCGUAAAAGAUAAAAGCAAGGUUUAUGAAGCCCAUGGAAGAACCCAUUUUCGCGGGGAAGCUUCAUACUCCUUCAUAUUCAAGGAAUAUAAUUUCACAGUGGAGUUCUUUGUUUCUCCCUUCUUGGUUCGAGAAUGGGAAAUGCCGGACAAAGAUGGAUCAAAGAAAGAAACACUUCGUCUUGAUUUGGUGGGGCGGUCAUCUAAUUUAUACAAAGAUGCAGAUAUUCUCAUUUUUAACACUGGACACUGGUGGACACAUGACAAAACUGCGAAAGGAAAAGACUAUUAUCAAGAAGGUAGCCAUGUUUAUGGUGAACUGAACGUUCUCGAGGCCUUCCGGAAGGCUUUGACUACUUGGUCCAAAUGGGUUGAUAACAGUGUUAAGACGGCGAAAAGUAUGGUUUUCUUCCGGGGUUAUUCUGCUUCCCAUUUUAGCGGUGGACAAUGGAAUUCUGGCGGACAAUGUGACAGUGAGACUGUACCUAUCUUCAACGAAACUUAUCUGAGGCCGUACCUGCCAAAGAUGCUGGUGCUUGAAAAGGUGUUGAAAAACAUGAAACACCACAUCACCUAUCUCAAUAUCACAAGAAUGACCGAUUUUCGGAAGGAUGGUCACCCAUCAAUCUACCGGAAGCAAAAGUAUUCCCAAGCAGAAAAGAAAUCCCCAACAAGCUUCCAGGACUGCAGCCAUUGGUGCCUUCCGGGUGUCCCAGACACUUGGAAUGAGGUUCUUUAUGCUGAGCUCCUAGUAAAACUGCACAAGAAGAAUCUGCAUGAGCAACUGCAACAGCAGAAGAAGAGAGCAUAGGUAAAGGUUGCACAAGCCUAAGAAUGUGAUAAUUAAUACAUACUGAAAACUGUCUAAAUCACACUAGAGCACUAUACACUCUUUUGGGCCAUUCUUUUUGGUAUUAUUGAUACAAAACAUAGAAGCAAAGAUAUGUGAAGAAAAAUGAUGUUCUUGGAGACAUGAACCUGAGCUUGUAGUAAAAUUAUCUGUUUAUGUGAAUGAAAAGAGCCGAGGGAAAAGAGUGAAGAGGGGAAAAGUGCAGACGGGGAUUUUAGAUGGUGGGGUGAAAUUUUCACUUGUAAAUUUCUUCUCCUUUACCACAUCUUGUUCUUUUGGCCUUGAAAGGUUCUGAGAAUUGUAAAUGUAUUGAUUCUAAUUAUUUAGUUGUUUUAUUAAAAAUAAAAUAGUGGGAUAUAUUAUAAUCUCAUGUUCCUAUGAUUAUUUGUGUAUGAAGUUGCUGACUCUGUACUGCAAUUAAUGAAUUGAAUAUAUUAAUCUAUAUCGAUGUAAGG